GACGAAUGGAUUGACCACCAGUCUCACAAAAUUUCAUCAAAUUUCUUGCUUUGCAUGAUGCCAUGAAUAUGCCCCCAAAUAAAUAAAAACUUCAAAGUUUCAAACCCUCUAUUCUUCCAUUUAUACGGAGGUUUCAGUACCACCAUGUCUGUCACAGCAUCUUCAUCGCCAUAUUCGACUAUAAUCAAGUGCUGUGAAGACACAAUUGGGCGCCGAAGAAGAGUCGCCAUUGACGAGAAUUGUUUCCCGGAGAAGAAUCUGACACUCAACGCCACCACCGUGAAACCUCCACGGCCGCGACGAAUCAUCCUGGUGCGACACGGGCAGAGUGAAGGAAACGUGGAUGAAGGAGCUUACACGAGAGUCGCAGAUCCGAGAAUUAGAUUGACGGAGAAAGGGAAACAAGAGGCGGAGCAAUGUGGGGUGAGGAUACGAGAGAUGAUUGAGAAGGAUGGAGCUGAUGAUUGGAAGGUUUACUUUUACGUUUCGCCGUAUCAGAGAACGAUUGAGACUCUUCGUGGUUUGGGGACUGCGUUUCAACGAUCGAGAAUCGCCGGCGUCAGGGAAGAACCGCGGUUGCGAGAACAGGAUUUCGGGAACUUCCAAGAUCAAGAACAGAUGAAGAUUCAGAAAGCAGUUCGAGUCCAAUACGGCCGUUUCUUCUACCGUUUUCCAAACGGAGAAUCCGCAGCAGAUGUCUAUGAUCGAAUCACAGGGUUUCGGGAGACAUUAAGAACUGAUAUUGACAUAGGUAGAUUUCAACCACCAGGGGAGCAAAGCCCGAACAUGAACUUGGUCAUAGUUUCUCAUGGUUUAACCUUAAGAGUCUUCUUAAUGAGAUGGUAUAAGUGGACAGUUGAACAGUUUGAAGGACUCAACAACAUGCAAAAUGGGAAUAUGAUCGUUAUGCAAACAGGUCAAGGUGGAAGAUACAGUUUGUUAGUUCACCACACCAAACAACAAAUGAUGGACUUUGGUUUGACCCAAGAUAUGCUCGUUGACCAAGAAUGGCAAAAAACAGCAAAACCAGGUGAAUUAAACUAUGAAAUCCCAACAGGCGGACCAUCUUUCUUCACACAUUUUGACGAUGAAAACAAUGGAAAAUUCAGGAGCUAAGUUUUGUGUAUAUAUAGAUAUGAGAAACCAUUAAUGAUGUGUAGUGUACUUUUUUUUUCUAAUAAUACCAAGAAAACAGAAGGAUAAUUUAACUUAUGCUUGAUUUAAAAAGCAAAACUAAAAAAAAAUAUGAAUGCAAAACGAAGACUAGACUAAUCUGAAUGCAAAUUAAACCCAAGCCAGCGAAAACCAGGGGAGCAACAGCAAAGAUUCAGAUGAGUUUCUGAGAGCUGAAAAAAAAAAAUAUAAAAGAAAAAACUUUCAAAAGGUUCAGUGCUAUGGGAAUAAAUGCGUAUGUGUAAUGCAUAUUCCUCCCUAUAUAUUAGUAAAGGGCAAAAGUAGCACGAACCAUGGUUUGGUUUGGUUUGGUUUAGUUAGCUGCCAACAUCGGUUUACUAUUAUCACCUUCCUUCACCACCACCUCAUUAGUCAUCAUGACCAUGGAGUCAAGGUUAGAUUGGUCUUUUUCUUCUUUUGUGUCAGAAUCUUUCCUUUCUCUAGACCGCCGUUUAAACUCACCAACCACCACCUCCCUGUCUUCCCUCGACCGUCUUGGAAAAUCUUUAAACCUGCCAUUUGUCCCUGUCCCAUUACUUUUGAUAUUCCCACGUGCAUGAACUUCCAAAGCAUGUUUGUCACGUGCAUCAAAACCCCUCCCAAAACCAUCUUCAUCAUCGUACUGAAACCUCUUCACAUGUCCAUCCAUGUUAUACCGCUGCUGCCUCACAAACCCCCCACGCCUGUAUCCAUUAUCGGGUCGAUCACCUUCAUUACCCACAUACCUGGGUCUGCCCCGCCCGGCUUCACUCGGGUCAAAUCUUCCAGGUUGCCCGGAUCUGUAGAACUCAUUUUGCUUUGGUUUUCUUUCAUAAAAACCAAAUCGUUCCCUUUCCCUUGCACUUUCCCUUUCCCUUACACUCUCCCUUUCCACCACCUGUGGUGGCGGUGAUCUCCGGUCAAAAACAACCGGGCGUUCCUUGUAAUUUACCCACCGCGAAUUCGGCGGCGGCGGUGAUGAGUUACUGCUUCGAGGUCCGGAAUUGUAUUCCGGUUCAAACCCACCACGCCGGUAGUUGGGUGAUCUUGGCCUUCGCAUUCUGAAAGUAGGCGAUCGACUCCGGCGUCGGAACCCGGAAUUGGAAACCGGAGAACGCGUCCGCGGUCUUGAAGGUGAUCUCGAAUCGGAAUAAUGAUUCCCAUUCCCUCUUCUUUCCACGGGUGAAAAGCACCGGCGUCUCCUCGGGAAAGGAUCUGGGUAAUCCGGUAGAAACUCAUCGCAUUCGUCACUUCCAGGUCCAUGGUAUCUUCUAGGUCCGGGCCCGGGUCCUUCCCCGUCAACCCGUGUACUGUACCUCACUUGCCCGACCCGCCCGCGUCCCCUGCUCCGACCCAUAUUGAACCUCUCGUGACCCGUGUCCCCAGUUGGUCUUAAUCCUAAACGUGCCCGAAAAUCAUUUGCUUCGCGAUUCAUUGGUGAGCGGCUUCUGAAAGGUCUACGAGUCAUAUAUGAUGAAGUGUUUGGUCUGUUUGAAGAAUCAUUUUGAUCCAUGGAGCCUUCGUUUGUUAUAUUAUCCAAACUUCCGGAAUCUUCUAGCAUAGUACGAAUGAAUGGUUGGUUACGAUCUGGGGAACGAUUCCAUACACCGCUUCCCCGUCCACUACCACGGUUAUGCGGGGAGUAUCUACCACUACCACUACCACCACGUCCAAAGGAUCUUACCACACCUGAUUCCCUCUCUGGUCUGGAAGCUAAACCAUCACCAGACUUUGAACUGUAAAUAAACACAUUAACAAAAGUCAAAAUGUUGACCAGACUUAAGGUCAACAAGAAAGAGAUUUACUAAAUAUGUUUUACUUUUAGUUUUAGUACCUGCAUCCUUGCACCCGAAAUCUACCUCUAGAAAGGAACAUGUCAUGUGUCGAUGGACCUCCGAUACGUGUGAUCGAUUCCUUUCUGUAGAAUCUUGACCCUUCACCUUUCAUUUCCAUAUCCUCAGGGUCAAAUCCGUCUUUUUGUUCGCCAUACGAAAAUUUCCGACUUGUAAAGUUUCUGGUUUUAGUGAAAUUAUUCAAAGAGAUUCGUUGAUUUUCAUGAUCCAAUCCAGAAACGUUCAUCUUCCACUCGUCUGAUUGGUUCAGAUUCUGGACAAUUUCCUGUCUUUCACUGUUGGCUUGAUUGCUAACUGUCUCAUUUGGUUCUGAACCGGAUAAGACUUCAUCAGUGUUAUGAAGUUUCUCUGGCAACACGACAUUAGAUGUUAAAUCAGUUUCAGUGAGUUUGAUUCCUGGAGAGGCUUCUUGUCCACAUGGAGAGGUAUUAGUUUCAUGGGAAUCCAUGAUUCCGAUGUUCGAAUCGUCUCCCCUGUUGUCAAUCACAUAUUCAUUUUCUUCUCCUUUCCAAGCAUUUAUACUCGAUUCCCUUAGCUCUCCAUCUUCAUAUUGAGAAUCGUAUCCACUUCCAGCUCGAUUGUCAGUCUGUGAAUUAUCAUAACGGAUUCCAUUCUCCAAUGGCGCUUCGGAUUCAUGUAUAGAAGGAAUUGAAGCAGUUUGUAAAGGAAGUUCUGUCCCCUUGCUGGCAUCAUUGCUAGUUAACUCCAUUUUCACCAUGGAUUCAUCGACUUUAUUUGAAAGAUCUCCAUUUUCCAUAGAGGUUGCUGCAGGGGUAAGUGAUAAAUCAUGUUUCUCGUAUUCAGGUUUACAGGUGUUAGUCAUGGCUGGUUGUGUAGUAACAGGAAUGGCUGAUUCCGCCACCACAUUUUCUUUGGAUGCAUUCAAGUUUAGAUAAUGAUCAAAACCCGGGGGCACAGAACAAUCCAUUGAUAAUUUUGUGUCAACAGCCUCAGUAGCAGAAGAAGUUUGACCACCACGAGUCGCCCACUUUGAAAAAAUAUCGGGUGUUGGGUUCUCCAAGGUUAGGGUUUUAGUAACAGGAAUUACUGAUUCCGCCACCACGGAAUGUUGAGCAUUAUCUAGUUCACAAGACAAUGGUUUUCCCAGCUUUAACUCGUUUUCGUGAGCCAGACUUUUCAUCUCAAUGGGUAUGUUAAGAUUGCUGAUGUCUUUUGAUGGAAUCCCGGAUUCCCCCUCGCUUCCAGGCUUAUGAUCUCCGGAAUUGUCUUUUGUACAAUGGUCUUUUUUGUCUUCGAAAAAUGUGACUUUGUUGUGUGCAGAAACUUCAUGCUCGCUUACAAAUGGUUCCUCCCAUGCAUCAUCCAUCACGGUGUUCAAGUCCCAGUUGAAUCUGACAUCUCUUGAAGUCGGAAUUGCUGAUUCCGGAGGGGAAUGUGAAGAGGAGUUAUCCAAUGUGGAUUCAUUUGGUGAAGAUUUCUCCAAUGGGAACUUAUCUGGGGCAGAUUGGUCCUUUGUUGAUGUAUGGGGAUCAGAUUCUUCCUUAGCAGACUUUGAAAUGUUUUCUUUUAGUUCAAUAGUGGUUAGAAGAGCUUCUGGACUUUUAGUGACAGAUGAGGCGAUUCCAAUUCCAGACUCUUCACUGCGAUCGGCUUCAGCUCCCAAACUGUUACUACAUGCUGCAGCAGCAAGUAUAGAUAUGCCAGAAAAGUCAUCAUCUUCACCAGGUUCAUUUUUAGUCUUCACCAACUCCUUUUUUACCGAUUUAUCAUCAUUGCUACCUCUUUCACUCAUUCCAGUAACUGAUUCAGGUAGACAAGCUGCAUUCGGGUUUAAUUUUAGCUCAUGAUUAUAAGCUUUGGGACUCUCCAGUGAUGGAUUCCGUGGCGGAGAUGAUGCCCGGAAUAAGAAUCUCCUUUUCUUGAUUGGAAUGUGUUCUGCCUUUUCACUGAAGUGACACCCAAGAACAGAGACUCC